CUUCUCUGAACCAACCAAAUGGAGUGAUAAAAUGAGUUUAUAUUACAUGUAUGAACACAAAAAUGAAAACACACAUAGUGAGAACCAAAAUUUUCAAAAUAUUAAUCUUUCAUUUUCUUCUUGAGUAUUUUAUUACUAAAUAAACAAACAUAAGACGAAUUCGUUACUUACUAAAUAGAUCGUCAUAAAAUAAAUCUGUGAUGUAAUGUCUGAGUUUUAUUUACGUGGGUUUUCUCAUACGAGAACAACCCAACUCAUUUUUUCAUCCCGUCAGCCCAAAAGUCUUACGGAGUCGGCCCACUUAGAAGUCGCAAUGAAGAGUGACGAGUCCAUAAGUUUAAAUUUCCCGAAAAACAAAAAUAUUUUAAAAAUAGGCAAGAAAACGGUAAACUAGCGGGGCCAAUUUUCCCCACUUAGGGCAUUCCUUCCCUCGCUGUCAAAUUCCUGAAGGCCCAAAAGCCUCGAAGAAACGAAAGCGAACUGCAGCCUAAAACCCCGCCACCGUCUGCUCCGUCUCUCUUCCUUCCUCCCGCUCGCCACCGCCACCGCCGCCGCUCAGUCGACCUCGUCUCUUCUCCUUCCAGCCUCUGUAGCUCGCGCGCGCACACCGCUGUCAUCAUCAUUAUGAUCAGAGGCGGGAGGAACUACGUGUCUUCGCCGCCGGUUUUCUCCAACGACUCCAAGCGGCUAUUGGUUUGCGCCGGAAACUCCGUCGCCGUCUUCAGCACCGAUACCGGAUUGCAGGUAGCGUCAUUGGACGGCCAUGCGGCGCUUGUGACGGCGGUGAUAGUGGUGCCGGCGACCAGUCCGGGGAGUAAGAUACUGUGCUUUUGCUGGACGGCUUCACUCGAUGGAACUAUUCGGUAUUGGGAUUUCGCGGUCCCGGAGUUGAUUAGGACUGUUGAUAUUAAGCUCCCCGUUCACUCCAUGGUGAUUCCCUCUUUGUUUAAUAAACCAGUUCAAACGAGGGAAAAAGCCGUUAAAGUUUUCGCUUACAUUUCUGUUGAAGUUAAAGACGCAUCAGAAGAUAAGUCUAAAGUCUUGUUUCAAGUCAGAAAGUGUAACUUAACUGACGCUCAUCUGGUGGGAGGAGCAGUAUUAGCAGAGACGAAGAAACCAGAGAUAAUCACAAUGAGCUCCUGUGGUGAACUUUUUGGUGUCCGAAGAAAGCGUAAGCUUGACAUAUGGAAAGUCCCAUCUACUGAUUCUGGUCGUACAGUGCUCAAGAAGAUUACCCUACAUCAUACAAAGGCCAUAACAGUUAUGGCGUUCCAUCCUACCCAGAGAAUUCUUGCUGCAGGUGAUGUGACUGGGAGAAUUAUGAUAUGGAGAGGUUUUGGAAACAAAAUGUUUGCCAUGGCUGAUGGGCAUGUAAAUGGAAGUUCAAUGAUUAUGGAGGAAGAAAAUCCUGGUGUGAGGGACAGUGAUGAUGCUGAGUCCUGCACAACAUUGCACUGGCACCCGGCUCAAGUGAAUUUGCUCUCCUUCUCUUCUGAUGGAGCUUAUUUACUUUCAGGUGGAAAAGAAGGUGUUCUUGUAGUCUGGCAGGUGGACACAGGGAAGAAGAAAUUUUUACCCCGAAUCGGAUCUCCACUCUUGCAUUUUACGGAUUCUCCAGAUCCGUCAAUUUCAUCAAUAUCUUGUGCAGAUAAUCAGAUCCAUCUAGUUCAAAGGCCUUCAAUGGAGAUCAUGAAGUCUAUCUCUGGAAUAAAGCUCCCAUAUUCACAUCCAGAGAUAUCCAAGGUUAUGUCAAGUGGGGCUUCCUUCGAUCAGAAUGCUGGCUUGGUUGCCUUGCGUACCGAGAGUUAUGCAGUCCAGUUAUACAGCCUCUUUGAUGAUCGUGGAAUUUCGGAGGUUCAAGUUUAUGAGAGAAAUCACCAGCCAGGUGAUGAAGUCACGAUAGUUGUGACAUCUGUAGUCCUAUCUCCAGAUGGUUCUUUACUGUGUACUUCUGAGGUGAGGCUGCCUGAAGAAGGCUUGGGAAACCUUGUUUGCCUUAAGUUUUGGUCCUCAAAGUCGAAGGCUGGAGAUUUCAGCUUGUCGACCAUUGUCUAUGAACCACACAGGGAUGCUGGAAUUUCUGCUAUUGCAUUUCAUCCUAACCGUCGUAUGGCUGUCAGCUCAUCUUUUGGUGGGGACUUCAAGAUUUGGAUUUCCAACAGUGGGGUUCCCAUGAAAGAAGAAAGUCCGGCAAAUUCCGGAUGGAUUUGCCAUGCUGCUGGCUCCUAUAAAAAAAAGCCAAUGACAGCAGCUGCUUUCUCCCCUGAUGGUUCUGUUCUGGCUGUUGCAGCUGAAACUGUUAUCACGUUGUGGGACCCUGAUAAGAACCUUCUUCUGGCUGUAAUUGGAGAAGCUAUUACUCCAAUCGUGACCCUCUCGUUUGUGGGGAACUCGGACCAUCUUGUUUCAGCAUCUUGGGGUUUGAAGCCACAACUUGCAGUUUGGAGUCUGUUGAAUCUCUCCACAUGUUGGUCUUACAGGCUCCACAUAGAAGCUAUAGCAAGUUCUCCGGACAGUUCCUCUUUUGCUGCUCUCGUCCUCCUUUCAGAAUCGGCUGGAGUCUAUGACUCAAAUGACAUAUCGCAUAAAACAGUUGAUGGGUUGAUCUUGUUAUUCAAUUCCGCCGAACCAAAUCCUGUUGCUGUAUGGUCUGUCAAGAAGGCCAGAGGCGGCGCACUAGCGUUCAUCAGAAACCAGUCUUCCGAUCAAGAGAACGCAGCCGACCAGCACCAGGCUGCUCAGACACUGCUUGCAUACAUGAAUGCCGAUCACGAGUAUGCACUGUUUGAUCCAUAUGGGAAGGAAGCUGAUGAACUAAGCAUAACACGGUGGGGUCAAAACAGCCUCGACGAAGCUGGAAAUUUUGGUUAUGCAUCUCUCUAUGGCGAGCUUCUUCCGCCAAUACCGUCCAGAAAACAAACUCCGUGGACAGUCCCAUCUUUCCCAUCCGAGAGGCCCUGGGAGACAAUCUUCAGCGGACCAUCACACAAUCUUCCACCCCUUACUCUACUAUGCGGGCCAUUUUUGGAAGCACUGUUAGAGAAACGAACUACAGUCGUGCAAUGAAUCAGCAAACUGCUACCUACAUCACAGUUGUCAUUUGAAAUGAAGAAUCAAUCAACGAGUUACUUCGUUGCACCGGGACAUCAGGCGAAAGGCUCCAUUGAUGGGGCGAAUUUUUGGCCGUCGGGGCUCCCAGCGCCUCCUUUGAUCAUACAUGAAAGCAGAGCCGGUGGAAAUGCCGGAAUUUCGCAACAUUGUCCUUGCUGGAGAACAUGGUAGAGGUAACUAGUGAAUCCAAUACCCUUCUGGGUAAGUUUGUACCUCGAGUUUGUAACAUUAUCAUCGAUGGUAAAGAACAAAGAGGAACUAGUAAA